AUGGCUACUUCGCAAGGUGUCAACGUACUACGCUACUCUGCCCUUUUUGCCGGCGUUCUCUACGGUUUCUACCACCAGUCAACCGUUAAAUCGCAGGCCAAGCAGGCCCAGAUAGAUCGAGAAUAUAGCCGCAAGCAGUUAUUGAUCGAGCAAGCUAAGGCAGAGUACGCGAAGAAGAACGCACCUCCAGGAAUUAAAUCUACGAGCCAAAGAGUCAUAACCGAUCCGGAAGAUAAGAGAUUCGACCUCGAAGCUUUUAUAAACAUGAAAGCUGCCGAAAUGGCAAAAUAA